AUGCGAGAAUAUAACAAAGGUGCGCCAAAAGAAUUAACAGAGUACAGUAAAAAAGAGGCACUUAGCAGGUAUUCAGUUAUAUGGAACCAGCUGUACCGCAUUUUAAGUGCAGAGGAUUCAAUUGAUCGCGUGAAAGAGAAGCUUAAGGGGCUGAAAGACACAGAAAUAGUUCUAAGUGCGCAUAUACGUGCAGAGAAUGCAGAAGAAAAUGAAAAGGAAAAUGAGAAGGGAAAUGACUCUUUUAUAGGGCUUGGUGAUCUCACCAUGGACAGUCUGCUUACUAUUCCAUCCGAGGACAUUCCACAAGAAGAAAAUCUACCUGCACACGGGAAAGGUGCAUCCACCAGAGUGUCCCAGCAUAUUCCGGAGAAGUCUUCAAGAAAGCGCAUGGAUAAACUUGUAGUUGAUGACAGCGAGAGUGAGUCGCACUCAAAUGAAACAGACGAGGAGGACAGCGAGUAUGCAAUAUCUUAUGACGAACUAAGCGACGAGUGCAGUGAAGUAUCCAGCAGGCACAGUGAGCAGGAUAAUGAAUUUAGAGCUGCACAUCUAGUUAUAGAGCCACCUCAAGAAAGUGCAGUAGAAGAUGAGCUUUCAGAGGACGUGAUUAAAAUGCGCUUCAACCCGGAUGGAGUUAAGCGCGUUAGAACAAACAAUAGAUUUGGCAAUAUGUAUUAG